CAGUUCAGUUUGUGAGCAUAUAUAUAUCAGUUCAUCUUUGUGUGUUCCAAUUUCCAAGAAAGCAAGAGGAUAUGGCAGACAACUCUCAGAACAUGAGCUACCAGGCUGGGGAGGCCAAGGGCCAAACUCAGGAGAAGGCCAGCGGCAUGAUGGACAAGGCUGGCAAUGCUGCUCAAUCUGCCAAGGAAUCAUCCCAACAGGCUGGUCAGCAGAUGAAGGACAAGACACAAGGAGCUGCUGAAUCUGUCAAGAAUGCAGUUGGAAUGAACAAAUGAAUUAAGCUCCAUGGACCCAUCUCGAUCCAGCUUAAUUACCUUGAGUCAUGUUACUAGUUUUUUCAUUCGAUAAAGAGAGCUGAUCGUAGGAUCGAGUUCUCACAUUGCGUUUUUCUUUUCUUCGGUGCUCGUUUUAGGAAGGUGUUAACUGGUUUUGUCUCAGUACAACAAAGAGAGCUCCGUUAUGUAGCUGUCA